AUGUGCCGUAAUAUUUGCACGGCGACUGACAAUCAGACUCAAGCCAAACGAUGGGCCUAUUCAUUUACUGAUGCACAGAACUGCACGGAAAUGAUUCUAUUCAAGUAUCAUCAACAAUCCGAUUUCCUCAAUUUGCUGAAUAAAAUUGCUUUAACGAAGAAACAAGUCUUGAUCUUUGUACUAUGUAUGGUUGGUAUAUGUGCUCUUGCGUUGGCUAUUUGUGUACCAUCGAUCUUGAAGAAGUCGCAGGAUAAUGCCUUACCUUCAGCUGUAGAAGAUGAAAUAGAUGAUGACGUACUACCAACGAGUUUAAGCACAGAUUUUACGACAAUGGUAACGUCAAUGACUACAAAACUGAGUACAUCAGUUGCGCGGAAAAAUCAAACAUUCCUGAAGUUAAUGUUCAGUUUGGAUAAAUUAUAUAGUACGAAAUUAUAUCCCGUUUCGAUUGCCAGCGGCUACUUGAACGGGGACGAAGUUAUUGACCUUGUUGUUGCUAAUUAUUAUGACAAUUCAAUUGCAGUAUACUUUGGCAGUCCAGAUGGACGAUUUAACUCAAAAGUCGUCGUAUCAGUCGGUAUUUACCCUCACUACGCCAUUAUAGCAGAUGUAAACAAUGAUAAUUAUAAUGACAUUAUUGUUGCUGUUGCUGACGACAAUCGUCUAGUGAUACUGCGUGGAUUCAACAACGGAAAUUUCGAUGCCGUAUUGUAUGUGCCCGUUGGUAGUAGUCCAUGUUGGAUUGAUAAAGGUUAUUUCGACGAAGAUAAUUUUGUAGAUCUCGUUGUCGCCAAUAUGGAUUCAUCGUUUGUUAGUAUCCUAUUGGGCUACGGCAAUGGAACAUUUCGUGCGCAAAUCCCUUUUCCCACCUCACGAAGUCCAACGUCCGCUGUUGUUGCUGAUUUUAAUCGAGAUGGUUUCUUAGACAUCACUAUUUCAUUCUAUCGCAAUAGUACCAUAAGCAUACUUUUUGGUCGUGGCGACGGGUCUUUCAUUUCCGGUGUUAGUUACUUAGCAGGUGGAGCCAAUUUGACUGUCCUUACUACUGGAGAUUUCAACAACGAUGGAUAUAUGGAUAUAAUCAGUUGCCAUAAGACACUCAGAAUGAUACAACUGUUAUGUAAUAAUGGCAAUGGUACUUUUCGACUUCAGGUGAUAGCCGCGAAUAUUACCGGAGCAGUUCAGUUAAUAUCGAAAGACUUGAAUUACGAUAAUUACGUAGAUAUAAUUGCUGUCGACCGUUAUGAUAGAUCUGUACAUGUACUCCUGGGUUACGGCAAUACAAUAUUUCGAGAAGUCAAGCUAUUUGAAUAUUAUGACAUCAGCGCAAUUGCCGUUGCAGAUUUCAAUAGAGAUGGACAAUUAGACCUAGCUAGCUUGAUAUCAGUUUCUGAUUCUUUGGCGAUUUUUUUCCAAAAUAGUACUGCAACAUGA